CUGCAGCGUGGCUCUGUGUCUAAAUGAAAGAACCUCUCUCUCUCUCUUUCUCCUGCUGUCUGUAUGAAUGGCUUAUGUCCACUGCAGCACAUGGGCACGUCCAGAGCAAACACAGCGAGAAGUGACUUCAGGCUGGAAGUAAAUAUUUUGCAGAAACGUCGGCUGAAGGACUUUGGGACUUCCACCAACCUCCUGGACGACACCGUAGAUCUCCUGAUCUAAAGAAUUUACUGGCUCUGGAUCAGCUUGACCUUAUUUUAUCUUAUUUGCACACAUCCCUGGGUCAGCUUGCCACAUGAGUGCGAUGUGUGGGUUGGUAAUUUAACCAAUCCUGAGCUCUUUGUAGGUCUCUGGCCAACUUGCGGGCAGGUGUGAUGCUGGGUCAGUGUGUUUGAUACACACAUUCACGUACACAUGGUUGCCUGAGGGCAGGACAUCAAAUGAAAACAUCAAAUAUGUUGCAGAAAAUCUGACUUUCAGUCUCAUAUCUGCAUAUCAUAGAUGCUGGUGGAGAUGUAACAUGCACACUGGCUUCCCUUUUCACACAUAUUAAACUCAAAUAGCACACACAAGCUGCUUUAAGUCACUGCAUUUUUAGGUUUAAGAGACAAACUAUCCUAAACUGAGAGACAUCACCUGUAAAACAUGAGCCUAAAGACCUGCAAUCAGUGCAUCUUCUCCCGUCACCACCUUCUCUCCUUCCUACUGCUGCUCCUCCAAGCCUGGCGGGGGAGCUGUCACCCCCAGUGUUUGGAUUACAAGCCUCCGUUUCAGCCCCAUCAGCCACUGCUCUUCUGCAAAGAGUACUCCAAGUUUGGAUGCUGCGAUGUGGUAAAGGAUGAGGAGAUAUCGCGUAGGUUUUACAACAUUAUGGACAACUUUGACCAUUCAGGAUACGUAACCUGUGGCAGAUACAUACGCAGCAUCCUUUGUCAGGAGUGUUCUCCGUACGCUGCCCACCUCUAUGACACUGAGGAUGCCAACACGCCUAUGAGGAUAGUGCCUGGACUGUGCGGGGAUUAUUGCUACGACUACUGGCAUCAGUGUCGGUACACACUCGGCCUCCUCCUGGAGGACUCCGGAAGCCUGCAGCAGUUUGCAAACUUGACUGCCAUGAUAGAAGAAGAUCGCAAAAAGUUCUGUGACUUUCUGGAGCUGAAGGACAAACAGUAUUGCUAUCCUAAUGUCUUGACGAAUGCAGAACUAAACGCUAACCUCGGUUUGGUACGUGAGGAUCCCAAAGGCUGUCUGGAGUUGUGCUUGCAGGAAGUUGCCAACGGCCUCCGUAACCCUGUGGCCAUGAUCCACGCAGAUGAUGGAACUCAUCGCUUCUUUGUUGCCGAGCAGCUGGGUUACGUGUGGGUGUAUCUGGCAAACGGCUCCAGGAUCGACCGUCCUUUCCUCAACCUCACUCAGGCUGUUCUCACAUCGCCGUGGGCUGGAGACGAGAGAGGAUUCCUCUGCAUAGCCCUGCACCCGAGAUUCACCACAGUCAGAAAAGCCUACGUGUACUACUCCGUGUCCGUCAAGAAGCAGGAGAGGAUACGAAUCAGCGAGUUCACACUGUCAAUGCACGAUGACAACCAACUAGACCAUUCUUCUGAGAGAACCAUCUUGGAGGUGGUAGAACCGGCAUCGAAUCAUAAUGGAGGACAGCUUCUUUUUGGUCACGAUGGAUAUCUGUACAUCUUCAUUGGUGAUGGUGGGCGAGCUGGAGACCCAUUUGGGAAGUUCGGCAACUCGCAGAACAAGUCAGUGCUUCUUGGCAAAGUGCUGCGUAUUGAUGUCGACAACAACGAUGACGGUGCUCCGUACAGCAUUCCCUCAGAUAACCCUUUCCUGGGGGAGAAGCAGACAAGACCUGAGAUUUAUGCCUAUGGAGUUCGCAACAUGUGGCGUUGUUCCAUUGACCGUGGUGAUCCUGCUACAGGCGCAGGCAGAGGCAGGAUGUUUUGUGGUGACGUGGGCCAGAACAAGUAUGAAGAGGUGGACCUCAUUGUAAAAGGAGGCAACUAUGGAUGGAGAGCCAAAGAAGGCUUCAGCUGCUACGAUCGAAAACUCUGUCAGAACUCAUCUCUUGAUGACAUCUUACCCAUAUUUGCGUACCCUCACAAGUUGGGCAAGUCAGUGACAGGAGGAUACAUCUACAGAGGAUGUCAGAUGCCAAACCUCAACGGACUGUACAUCUUUGGGGAUUUCAUGAGCGGGCGUCUGAUGUCUCUCAAGGAAAACACCACCACAGGUGAAUGGCAGUACAAUGAGAUCUGCAUGGGAAGAGGUCAGACCUGCAAAUUCCCCAAACUCAUCGACAGUCACUAUAAAUACAUCAUCUCCUUUGCAGAGGAUGAAGCAGGUGAACUAUAUUUCUUAGCCACAGGAGCCCCGAGUGCCACAGCAAGAGCAGGAGUUAUCUAUAAAAUAGUGGAUCCAUCCAGACGAGCAGCACCUGGAAAAUGCAGCAUCAAGCCUUCACCUGUUAAGAUAAAGGGAAAACUGGUUCAUUUCCACCCCAAAGAAGAGUUGGUAAUCAACAGGAAACCGACCACCACAGCUGUUCCCACGACGACCACACCAAAAACCACAACAACAGCUAAAAAACUACCAAGAAAACCCAUAAUAAUAAUAAAACCACCAAUGCCAACAAGAAAAACAAUAAGAAAACUGCCACAACCAACAACAAUGACAACAACAACAACAACAACAACAACAGCGACAACGAGAAAAACAACAUUACAGACAACAAGAAAACCAACGACAAAGGCAACAUUACCAGCAACAACACCGACUAUUAAAGCAACAAUUAGAACAACCGCAGCCACAACAAUAAAACCAACAACCGCACCAACAACCAUCCAGAUGGCCAUGGUGACCACUCCCGCCACAAGCACAUCCACUGGUUAUCGCGCAACCAUCAUGACUGCAGCCUCCUCUAGGAUUGCUCAAACCCCAGUCAUCACAACAGCUUCACCAAGACGACCUGAGAGACCCCUUCAGUACCCCCCCAGUGCCACCUCCCAACCUUUAAGCCCAACGCAACGUCCUUCUCCUCCCUCCACAACAUCGCCGAAAAGGCCCCAGGUGUCUUUGAACUCGACACCUUAUCCCAAACAUCUUGGAGCGAUGACCACAACGUGGGCACCGUAUUUGAACCAGAAGCCCCAGAGGACACCAAUCAGCACAACACCGCCUAAAACACGGGAAGAGAAGCUGUGGCUUGGGGAGAAGCUGGAAAGUGCCGGAGAGGGCAACCAAGUAUACAAGAAGCCCAGAAUGAAAGGUAGAGGUAGAGGCUACAAGAGGGGAAGAGACGGGAGAAGGCUGCGGGGCGGCACAGUGCGACUAGUGAGCGCUGAUGGUUUAUCAGAUCGAGGCAGAGUGGAGAUCUUCCUGCGAGGGGAGUGGGGAACGGUGUGCGAUGACCUUUUCAGUGCCAAGGCGGGUUCUGUAGUGUGCCGACAGCUCGGCUUUACAAAGGCGCUGGCAGUGAUGAAGAGGGCGGCGUUGGGUGAGGCGGACGGCAGCGUCAGGAUCCUGCUGGAUGAUGUGGAGUGUGAAGGUGGGGAGAGAUCACUGCUGGAGUGCAAGAGGUCCAGGGUUGGGAAACACAAUUGCUCACAUGGGGAAGACGUAGGUGUGAUCUGUGGUUAGCAGAGCGGGAUUACGUACAGGAACUGAGCAGAAAAGAAGGGAGUAUUUGUUGAAGGUACUAAAGGUGCACAUUUUUAAGGAUGAUUGUUAACGUUGUCCACAUUUCCAAUGUUUGUAUUUUCUCAUUUUUGCAUGUUUUACAUAUUAAUGUUUUCGGUUCCAAUUCACUGCUUAAUGCUCAGUUGUCCGCACAUUCACUUAGAAUACUUUGUUCCACUUUUUGGGAAGAGAUGUGAAGUAAGAGCAUGUUCCUUCAUUAAGCCUUUUAUGGACAGUUUCUCCUAAACUCACUCAGUCCGCUAUUGUGUUAAAAUCAACCGCCCACAUAUAGCGAACCACAACAAUUUACAAAAUAGACAAAUACAGUUACUUCUUACCCAACAAGGGAAUCCAAUGAAUUUUUCCAAUGGCAAUAUUUUCUUUGUAAGAAAGAGCCUUUCAUGUCACCUUUAGACACCUUUAGUUGUACAGCACAUUCAGGUUUAACAGAAGUUGAUCCAAAGCGAUUUUCACUUGUGACAAAGGAUUAUUACUACAAAUUUACCCAACUAAAAGAAGUAAAUGAUAUGACCGGUCAUCUCAGGGCAUAUUAAAUGUUUAGGUCACCACCUUAUAGUAGAGUAUAAAGAGAAACCCAACGAUUCCCAGUAAGCUGCACUUGGCAACCACAAAGUAAAAUCUUCCUUUAAAUGGGAAAAACUUUAAGCAGAAUCAGACUCGUCUGCCUCGACUGGUUUAAGUGAGGGGACGACAUUAUCUAAGGUAAAGAUUGGAACAGAAUCAAAUGAUUUCAAAUGGAUUGCAGAUAUUGUAUUUGCUGAGCUGCUCACAGAAUCAAAAUAAACCUGCACAGAGAUGUGACAUGAUUUACCAAACAAACUUUACCAGGUAACUUUUGCAAUACUAAUUUAGUUUCUUGAAGACACAAGUGUUGCUAUGGCUAAAGAAUCAACACUUCAUAAAAGUGUGCAGAUGUUUAUAGUUUCACGACUUCACUUUAUAGAAAUGUAAGCAUUAACUUACACAAAACUAGUCAAAGUGGACUGAGUGAGUUUUGGAGAAACCUUCAUGACAUUGUAGUGAACUACAUAGGGUCUUGUUAUAAUAAUCAAAUGUGAGAAGACAUGUAUUUUUGUAUUGUAUAUUUCCAGCAGAUUUAUUUUCUGAAAAUCAUUUGCAUCUUCAUAUCUUUUGAAUGUAGUUUUGAGAGCUUUAAGAAAUGCUGGACAUUCUGUACAAUGAAUGUAAUGCCAAGAUCCCAGUUUCAAAUAAAGAGAUUUGAGGGCACAGGGUGCCUGUGAUAUGAAUAAAGUUUAUUGCAAAAGGA